AAGAUCAAGUAUUUAAGUGUGUGAAAUAAAGUGUCAGUAAGUGAUCAGUCAGUCAUCAGUGUUGUAUGUUGUGUGUGCAGAUCCAGGCUUUGAUGCUGAAUAUAACCUGCAGUGUUUCUCUAUCAAUCUCUUUAAGUUUAGUGUGACUUUAUCUCCACGCUGACAUAUGACUGACACGAGUCUGUCCUCAGUGAAGUGUCUCUUCACGCUGGAGGAGGAGUCCCGCUCAUCAGCGCUCACACUUUAUUGAUAUAUAUGGAGAAAAUAAAAAUGCUGCUUUCUGAUUUGUCAGUGAUUGUGUUUGAUGAUUUCCUCUGUUGUGUCUAAUAAGGUAACAGUGAGUGUCAUUGGCAGCUGUGAGAGUCUCUCUCUCUUUAGGGGACUGACAGGAGCCAGUUUCUUCAGUGUGUUUGAGGUAGCAGAAGGAGAAACUUGUGCUGCGUCUGAGUUGAUGAAUUAGUGUGUGUCGAGCAGAAGGAGAAGAUGGAGAGUUGUCUGAUGCUGAUGUUUCUGUGCUAUAUGGUAAAACUCACCACCUCUGACAGUGUGAAUGUGAGGUUAGUGAAUGGCAAUAAUCCCUGUGCUGGUCGAGUGGAGGUUCUUCAUGAUGGUCAGUGGGGAACAGUGUGUCAUUGGGCCUGGGAUAUUGCUGAUGCUGCAGUGGUGUGUAGAGAGCUGGACUGUGGGACGGCUGUAGAAGCAAAACAUGAUGCUCACUUUGGACAAGGAUCAGGACCAAUUUCAAUGGGUUAUCUAUACUGUAGUGGAUCAGAGACUGCACUGAAAGACUGCAGAUCAGACAGCCAAUAUGCACAGUACUGUAAUCAUGAUCAAGAUGCUGGUGUCGUGUGUUCAGGACGAGGACUUCGACUUGUGGAAGGAUCUCACCGGUGCUCUGGGAGAUUAGAGGUGAUUUAUGGAAACACCUGGGGUUCAGUGUGUGAUGCUGCCUUUGACCAGCAGGAUGCAGAGGUUGUGUGUCGACAGCUGGACUGUGGGGCUCCUGUACAGGUGCUGGGAGAAGCUGCUUUUGGCAAAGGAAAGGGUCGAGUUUGGUCAGAAGAGGUUCAGUGCAGAGGAAAUGAAGCUCAGAUACACAACUGUUCACGAUUAUCUUCACAGAAGCACAGCUGUUCCCAUGACAAUGAUGUUGGAGUGAUUUGUUCUGGUAACACUGAUCUCAGACUGGUAAAUGGUCCUGACAUCUGUUCUGGUCGAGCUGAACGUCAGUACUUCAGUAAAUGGGGCACAAUGUGUGAUGCAUGCUGGGAUAUGAGAGCUGCCAGUGUCCUCUGUAGACAGCUGAAUUGUGGGAUUGCUGUGUCUGUUGUGGGAUCAGACUGGUUUGGAGAGGGAAGUGGUGAAAUCUGGGCUGAUGUGUUUGAUUGUGACGGGAAUGAAACAAAACUCUCAGAAUGUUCCAUCUCUUCAUGGAGUCGAGCUGAAUGUUCUCAUAGACGAGAUGUUGGAGUCAUCUGCUCUAAUGCCCAUGUGGUGUGCAGACAGCUGCAGUGUGGAGUGGCCCUCAGUAACCAGCAGGUACCAGCCUGGUUUGGUCCUGGUUCUGGACCCAUAUGGCUGGAUGAGGUGGAGUGUGAGGGGAAUGAGACGUCCCUGUGGAGCUGCUCUUCUCCAGGCUGGGGAAAACAUGACUGUCAACACAAGGAGGAUGUAGGAGUCGUGUGCUCAGGUAAACUGUAA